AUGGCGGCACCAAAUCAACACAUUGUCGAUGAGGUUGGCGAUACCGCGGAUUUUCUGGUGGAAGCAAUGGAGGAGGUGCAAACGUCGAUGGCUCUUAUUCACGCGACGGUGGGUACGUUACGCAAUACCAUGUCAGAGAUAUUAAAAGCCAUGUCGGAGCUGAAAGCAGCGCUUCAACCCACGGCGACUACAGCAGCGCCGGCGAAGGAAUCAUCACAAGUACCGGCGGAUCAGGACCUCCCCGUGUCCCCGAAGAAACAACCGAUCGCGGCGGAUAACACAUCGGACGAGAAGGAGUCUCGCUACACUCAUCUGAAGAAGAUCCAGAUCGAGAUGCCGGUGUUCGACGGCCGCAAUGUAGACUCGUGGAUUCUCCGAGCUGAAAGGUAUUUCAAAAUCGGAGGUUUCACGGAGGCGGAGAAGCUUCGGCUAGCUUACCUGAGCGUCGACGGCGAAGCCUUGAACUGGUUCAACCUCUGGGAGCGUCGUGAACCGUUUCUGGAUUGGAGCGAUUUCAAAUCUCGGCUGUUAGACCGAUUUGGGGAUUCGUUGGUAUCCGGUGGUGGCUUGAGUCGUUUACUCACUCUCAAACAGGUGGAUUCUGUUGUAGGCUAUCUCGGCGAAUUCGAGAAGCUGGCGUCGCAGUCGUCGACGUCGGACAUCUCCGAUGAACUUCUGAGAACCCUUUUCACCAGUGGGCUCAAGCAAGAGAUUAGGCGUAUGCUUCCUCUGUAUCAACCAAAGGGGUUAAACGAUAUGGUCACAAAGGCUCGCGGAGUGGAGAAGAUUUGUUUUUGGAAUCCACCAAUCGAAACUGAUGACAUUAACUAA